CGCAGAACAGCCGCUUUCCGGAAGAUCCGGGUGCUGGGGCUUCAACAUAAACAGCAAUGGCGGAGGCAGCGGCAGCGGCAGCGUCAACAACGGCUCCAGCAGUUAUCGGAGGCUGGACGAAGCACGUAACCUGCAGGUAUUUCAUGCACGGGCUUUGCAAAGAGGGUGACAACUGUCGAUAUUCACACGACCUCAGCAGCUGCAAGCCACCCAUGAUUUGCAAGUUCUUUCAAAAAGGAUGCUGUGCUUUUGGAGACCGUUGCAGGUAUGAACAUAGCAAACCUGCCAAGCAAGACGAAGUCUCUAGUUCUAAGCCGUCGAUGCCGCUGACCGCUGCUCCCCUUGCUGGCACUCCUGAUCCCGUGUCUGAUGGGCCAGGUGGUACGACUGAUGCCCAGGAGAAGCCCCAAGGCUUGGGGGCAGUGGACUGGGUCAAUGCUGCCGAGUUCGUCCCAGGGCAGCCCUACUGUGGGAGGGCUGACCAAGUGCCGUUAGAGGGAUCUGGACCUCUUAUCGAAGAAGAGUACGAGAAAGAACUAGGUAACAAAGAAAUGAAGAAACAGCUUUGUCCGUAUGCUGCUGUUGGUGAAUGUCGCUAUGGCCUCAACUGCGCCUACCUCCAUGGUGACGUUUGCGACAUGUGCGGCCUACAGGUUCUCCACCCUUCCGACACCUCUCAGCGCUCGCAACACAUCAGGGCCUGCAUCGAAGCUCAUGAGAAAGACAUGGAAAUCUCGUUUGCCAUCCAGCGUAGUAAAGACAUGAUGUGUGGCGUGUGCAUGGAGGUGGUGUUCGAGAAAACCAACCCCAGCGAACGCCGUUUCGGCAUCCUCUCCAACUGCAGCCACUGCUACUGCCUCAAGUGCAUCAGGAAAUGGCGGAGCGCCAAGCAGUUCGAGAGCAAAAUCAUAAAGUCCUGCCCAGAGUGUCGAAUCACAUCGAACUUUGUCAUACCAAGCGAAUACUGGGUGGAGGACAAGGAGGAGAAGCAGAAACUCAUUCAGAAAUACAAGGAUGGCAUGGGGAGUAAACCAUGCCGAUAUUUUGAUGAAGGCCGUGGGACCUGUCCGUUUGGAGCCAACUGCUUUUACAAGCAUGCUUUUCCUGAUGGGCGCCUGGAAGAGCCUCAACCCCAGAGGAGACAGACCGGCUCCAACGGAAGAAACCGGAACUCCAGACGGACGCCACUCUGGGAUCUUUUCGACGAGCGGGCGAACAGCGACUCCUUCGACAACGAAGAUGAGAUGGUGACGUUCGAGCUCAGCGAGAUGCUCCUCAUGCUUCUGGCUGCCGGAACUGACGAUGAUGUCACCGACUCCGAAGAUGAGUGGGACUUGUUCCACGAAGAGCUGGACGAUUACUACGAGCUAUACCUAUAGCAGUCCUCCUUCCAUCCUUCGCUAACUCCCUCCUAGACUAACCCUUGUCCCUAUUUACUCUGUUUCUAUCGCUAUUAGAAACUAAACAGAACUGUCUUGUGUGACUGAUGGGCAGUAGUGUCUUUUUUUUUCCCCUGUGUUGUGGCAGUGCCUUCCAGCAGGCCAUUAAAAUGAUUAAUUCAUUUCAAAUUCAAUAAAUGAAUAUAAAACACACGUCAAAAGACAUUAAAAAAUAAAAAUAGCUCUUGUGCUAAAAAAUAUUUUCUAGAAAGCCUUCUUCAUUAUGUGAGUCUGU